GUGCCGGAGGACGAGCUAGUGUCUACACUGAAGCAUCUGGUCUCGGAUAAGCUGAACGUCCCUGUGCGCCAGCAACGUCUGCUGUUCAAGGGCAAGGCCCUAACAGAUGAGAAACGACUGUCAGAUUACAACAUUGGGCCCAAUUCUAAACUCAACCUAGUCGUUAAACCUUUGGAGAAGGUGCUGCUGGAAGAAGGGUCUGCCCACAGACUGGUCGACUCCCCACCCCCACCCCUCUGGCAGCUGAUCUCCAAAGUCCUGGCCCGUCACUUCAGUGUAGCAGAUACCAGCAGGGUCCUGGAACAACUACAGAGGGAUUAUGACAGAUCUCUGAGCCGCCUAACACUGGAUGACAUUGAACGUUUGGCCAGCCGCUUUCUACACCCUGAAGUGGGAGUCUGCUAUCACCAACUGCAGUGCCAUCUUGUGUUCAGUAAGCAAACUGAAGCCAAAAGUGAAGUGGUAGCCAAGCAUGGGCCACAGAUGGAAUAUCCUGGGCCUUUGUGACAUAGCUCUUCUUGGGGGGACCCUAUCUGCUUGGCUCCUCCUGGAAGUCGGUCUCAUCCAUGAGGGACAGCAGGUGACUCCACAAAGCAGUGUCACAACUAGGAUUCUUCCUGGGUCUCCUCACCCAGCGUUCUCCCACAGCAUGAGACGGAUGCUUCCUCUGCCACCUGUGUACAGGGACUUUCAGUUUGCACACCUUCAUUGCUUAAGAAGAAACUCAGGGUGCUGAGGAGGAGAUAGAAAUGUAAGCUGAAGACAGUGGUUCUUCUUUUCACUGAACCUAUGCCUGGGUGCUAAAGGUCAUGUAAGUACUAGCUCCUUUGAGGAGGACCCCCUGGGAGCAGUUGAGGCUGGAAGAUAGCCACCUGCAGGACAUUACUCCUGCCCCUCCACUCUUGCCAAGGAAGCAACUCUGAAUGUUGUUGGGACUACACUGGCCUUUCUUGCCCAACGGCCUCCUGCAUGGGCUUUGGGCCUUGUGGGACAAAUCUUGACUCCCCAUAAUGGAAUGAUAAACUAAAGUGAGGCCUGAGGGGAUGAGCAGCUGGUAGACCCUGCUCCUCCCUGAGACCUGGGGUACCACAUCAGGGACCUGCUUGUGAGCACAUAUGUGGACUGGCAGCUCAGAUAAUAAGCUUACCAAUGUCCUUGUUCACUUUGAGUCAGGGAAUGUAUUUGGAAAAUUAAAUAACACUUAAGGUGCAUGUGAGACUUUUUACCAAGACGAACUCUAUUAAUAAACUAGUCUGCUUUUGGUUUCAAAUAAUUGGUUUAACAACACAGGAAACUUACUGGCUUACAAAAGUGAAAAAGCCCAGGAGUACUGGCAGUUGAUGAACAAUUUCACCAAACAUCCAGCUUUUUUCCUGCCUCCCUCUGAAUUCUCCAGCAUCUGCUUCAUCCUCACCACUACUUCCAAGGAUCAAAGGGUGGCUGCCUGCAGCUUCAUCAAACCAUUUGCUGCCAGCAAGGAGCACUUUCUCUCUGUAACAUAGCUUCUGUCUCAGAUGCCCCAGCAAAUAAAUGCUCUCUUAUUGGUCAGAACUGAA